CUUUCCUCGGUGUACACACGCUGCUGUGUAGCUAGCUGUUGUUUCUUCAGUAAACUUUAUUUAAUGAACCCGUUUGAAUCGCUAAAUUUUUGUUUAAAGGUUCAACAUAGAGUUUAAGUUUCGGCAAAGCUUCGGUAUUUUGUAGGUUUACUUUUGUAGAGCAAAACAUGUCGGACGCUUUGUCUGACGACGGCAGCGACAUCAACCAAGAUGACAGCCAGGAGGAUGUUAUGACCCCGGCGGAGCUGAUCGCUAAACUGGAAGAAGCUUGGCUGAAUGAGAAGUUCUCACCGGAGCUGCUGGAAAACAAGUCGGAGGUGGUGGAGUGUGUGAUGGAGCAGCUGACUCACAUGGAAGCCAACUUGCAGCGGGUGAAGAAAGGUGACGCGAAGGCCAGCAUCCAUCGCAUGGAGAUCGACAGGAUUCGCUUUGUACUCAGCAGCUACCUGCGCUCUCGUCUGCAGAAGAUUGAAAAGUUUUUCCCACAUGUCCUGGAGAGAGAAAAGUCUCGAGGGGAUGGAGAGCCGUCGCUGCUUUCGCCCGAGGAGUUUGCCUUUGCCAAAGAGUACUACGCUAACACAGAGACCUAUCUGAGGGCUGUAGCGCUGAAGCGCAUGCCCCCCAACCUGCAGACAGUGGACAUGCUCAAAGCAGUGCCCGAGCCCUGCUUGGACUCCUUUGUGUUUCUGCGGGUGAAGGAGAGACAGGAAAACAUCUUGGUGGAGCCUGAAACAGAUGAUCAGAGGGAGUAUGUUGUGGAUCUUGAAGAGGGCUCUCAGCAUCUAAUGCGCUAUCGAACUAUAGCACCACUUGUCUCGAGUGGAGCUGUGCAGUUGAUAUGAAUGCCAAGGUUGGUUUUGAUGUUUUUGGCUCCAGGCGGUCAGAAAAUGAGCAAUGCCUAUUUUUGCCACGUGGCAGUGAAGAGAAGGAUCAACCUGCAGAGAUUACAUCUGGAAAGGCACACAUCUUUGUCACGGUUUCAGGACUAAGGACUAACUUGUGGGAUGCAAACACAGACGGUUGUUGCACCGUGUCUGCAAAUCACAACUGACACUGUGAGAAGUGCACGCUGAAGAACGAGCCCUGUUCACCAAAGCAGCUUUUGCAGUGCUGUGGUGUUAUUUUUGGAUCUUUUUAAUCAUGUCACAACAUAAGUUUGGUUACAUAAUUAUAAUGUAUUCUGGUGUGUUGGUGUUUGUGAGACUGCAAAAUACAAAUCUAGUUACUUUAUCCAGAUGACUCACAUUAUUGGCCUCUUUCCUCUGCUGCUCAAUAACAAGAUGCAUCAAAUGACCCGAAGGUGAAAUUUCAUCGGCUCACUUGGCAUCAUAGUGCAUAUCAUCCCAAGGUGCAUGUGCUGGUGUGGGUGUAUGUUGAAAGAACACUGUGUCUUUUGGUUGUCAUAUUUUAAUGCCAUUCACCCUUAAAUGAAUAUGCAUCACUGUCGUUAUAAAUGUUAGAAAUCCAGUUUCUGUUCAGGUAACCUCUGUGCAUCUUUGCACCUUUGCUAUCAAAUCUAGCAAUUGUGUGUUACUUGUGUUUAUGGUCUGUGUGAAUACUUGAUUCGGAUUCGGCUGCAGAGUGUCCAUUAAUUUCUGAUAAUAAACAGCUAAUAAGUAGUUCUAGUGAAUUGUUCUAAAUUAAUACACUGGCUGAGUACAAAUGAGGAGCCAUAGUAACGCCGUCAACGCCUCUAUUUGCAAUUUAUUGCAACACGUUAACGUCGAGGGACAUGUUUCUUUCUGUGUUUUUUGAUUGAUGAAAAUUAAUUUGACAAGCCCAUGACUACAACAUGAAAAAGCUCGAAAAUGCGAAAAUAUUAAUGAUAGUAUGUAUUUCGGGACAAUGACGUCUUGUUAAACACAGUCAUAUUAUAUACAUACACGACACGUAACACAUCACGCGUUUUCUUGACCUUGACUCUUGCUAGCUUGAUGUUGGCUGUCAGGCUCAUAGCUGAGCUGACUAGAAAUAUCGUAUCUAAGGUUCGUCCUAUUUGCUGGAGUGGUGAACAAUGUUUCCAUUGUGUAAGGAGUUAAUGGCAUUGUAGUAAUUAUUCAAGGUAUUAGUCAAAG